CGUCUUGGAUCGCCACCAUCGAUAGUGCGGCCUGGGUCGGCGAAGCUCAGGACAAAAGCGUGGCCUGGAUCAUGGAUUCGGGCUGUUCCCGUCAUAUGACGUUCGACGAGAAAAGUUUUGUCGACUACGCCCCCCUCGACAGACCAAUCCCAGUUAGACUUGCUAACGGGAUGGAGAUCCAAGCCGUCGCUGAAGGAACUGUCGCCUUCAAUAUCGUCCUCAGGGGUGGAAAGCACCGUAUCCAGCUCCACGGGGUACUCCACGUACCAGGGCUUGCUGGGAACCUGAUCUCGGUUUCCGGCCUCCAAGACAGGGGGAUCAUGACCCGUACGACCAGCAGCGGGAAGAUGCUCCUUGAGCUCAAGGGCCAGGUAAUCGGCACUGCCGUUCGGUCUGGCCACUCCUACGUCCUUGACGGCACCUAGGAAGGCGCCGUCGCUGCGCUACGCGCAGUGGCGAUGUCACCAGAAGAAGCCAUGCUCUGGCAUCGGCGAUUCGGGCACUUGAGCUUGAAGAGCCUGAGUUCGGCCCAUACUGUCGUCGAUGGUAUACCAGGGCCGAUCGGUGACCUCGCGGACCCGUGUGGAGAGUGCCUGCUCAACAAGAGUACGCGGGUCAUAAACAGGAAGGCAUCAGAGCACGCAAAAGCCCCCCUUGACAGGAUCCAUAGCGAUAUCUGGGGGCCCUACCGGGUGCCGGAUAUCCACGGUGGGAACGUCUAUUUCGUUACUUUUACGGACGACUACACCAGGAAGACCUGGGUCUACGUUAUGACUGCGAAAUCGCAGUUACGGACGGUCUUCAUGGCUUCAAGGUCCGCGUCGAGCAGGAAACCGGCAGGAAGAUCAGGAUUGUGCGCUGCGACAACGCUAGCGAGUACGUGGCCCUAGAGAAGGAUAUUGGACCUACCCAGGGCAUACUGUUCGAAUAUAUGACGCCGUAUACGUCAUAUCAGAACGGCGUUUCUGAACGCCUGAACCGAGCGCUGGUGGCCCUGAUCCGGGCGAUGCUUGCCUACGCACACCUGCCCAGGAAGCUCUGGUCUGAGGCGCUGAUGGCAGCCAGUUACCUGCGUAACAGGCUACCUAUUGGGCCAGACGAUAAGUCUCCCGAGGAGGCAUACAGCAGCAGACGGCCGUCUGUAGCCCAUAUCCGGGUUUAGGGUUGCGUCGCAUACGCCAACAUCUCAAUGGAACAGAGGGGCGGCGACAAGCUUGCCCCGAACGCCAUACGGACUGCUCUGGUCGGCUAUAUGCCGACCUCAAAGCAGUACCGGCUGUACGAUCCGGUCGGAGACCGGAUCCUUAUUGCAACCUCAGUGAGGUUCGUGGAGAGUCAGAUCCUUGACCUCCAGGGCAAUGAUUCCGAUGAAGGAUCGCCCGAGGAUGUAGGUUUCGAUCCCAUGGGGGCCUAUGUCCCACAGGAACCUGCUAUCGAAGCAGAAGAACCCGGCGACCAGAGCGGCAGCGCCCCAGAAGAGGGACCGCCUAUUGGUGAUAUCGCGGAUCGCCCUGCAGUGACCCCGCACGAACAGCUGCUGGGGUGGAGGGACCGCAUCAGCGGCGAAGACGGUAGCCAGGACGAUGGCAGCGACCAGCUCUUCCUCGAGGAAGAAGAUGAUCUGGGUUCUCCAGGGGACCAGAUCCUCGUAGAAAGUGAAGCUGCUCUGCGGGAAGUUCCACCCGCUGAAGAACCAAUCGUUCGGCGAAGCGAAAGGGAGCGUCGACCAACGCGGCUGUUCGAAGGUGCCCUCGAGGCAUCGACGCCGUCGAAAAUACCGAUCCCUGAACGAUAUUCCGAGGCGAUCAACGACCCUGACCACGGUGCAGACUGGGCUCUAGCUGUUAAGGAAGAACUGGCGCAGCUCCAGUCGCUUGGAACCUGGGAGCUGGCAAAGCUCCCGCGCGGAAAACGAGUUCUGGGUCGUCGCUGGGUGUUCAACGUCAAGUAUACACCUAGGCUGCGCACUACUCGCCCAAUACUCGGCUCACUCACUCAGUGGGUUACUCAGCUGGGUGAGUAGCUGAACCUUUCACUCGACUCGGUGAGUGAGGCCAAUACUCAGUUACUCUGUAAAAACCCAG